AUGAUGUUAAUGGAUAGUGUCUUCAUCAUUGUGAUCUUCCUGAUAAAUGGUUACGAAGACGUCAACCGUUUAUUCAAUAAACCAUGGAUGCUAGGCGAUAUAGCAUUUGACAUGUUCUUGAUUGAAAAUCAUCUUCCAUUCUUCAUUCUUGAGGAUUUGUUUAAAGCAUCCGAAAUAGCCAGCCGUUUCGACGAGGAAUGUUCAGUGAUUAAGCUUGCCUACAAGUUCUUCAAAGAUGAUUGGAAUUCUUUGUUGAGUACUGAAGGCAUUUUGGAGGAAAUGAAAGCCUCCGAAGUAGCACAUUUUGUUGACCUUCAAGCUGGGGUCAAGUUCAAGUUAAGUCCAAGCAAAAGCUUACUUGACAUGAAAUUCGAUAGAGGGAUUCUGGAAAUCCCACUAUUAAGAGUACAGGAUAGUACAGAGAUCUACUUCAGGAAUCUCCGGGCAUUUGAUAAAUGUGAUAUUCUGGAUCAAGAUCAUAUAGGUGACUAUAUUUCGAUGAUUAAUUUCCUCGUCAUUUCUCCUAAGGAUGUGGAAAUCCUUGUAGAAAAUAGAAUCAUAGAAAACUGGAUACAUGACAAUGAAGCUGUGUCAACUGUUCUUCACGAUAUUUCCAAGCCAAAUGAUCUCUCUCAGAACAAUUCCAUCUUUGCUGGCCUCGUUUAA